AUGGCGCCGUUGGAAAGAGAGAAAGCCAUUAUCUUCGUAGUGGUAAACAGAACACAGGUACACAAGCUUUAUAAAGGCCCCAGUCCCCCAGUCCCCACAGUGCCCCUCAGUGCCCCAAGUCCCCCAAGUCCCCCAAAUCCCCCUAAGCUUGCCAGGGGAAGAGGGGUUAAGUUAGACCACAACUACCACCACCACAACCACCACAACCACCACCACCACCAUGAGUGUACAGGACGCCAAGGUGCCCCCUCGGAGACGCCCAAGGAUCCUCCACAUGUGGCCACCUACCACAGUGUACCAGGGGAGGAGGGGGUGGGGGGCGGGAAGACCUUUCAGUACGAGUCCUCCCUGCCCUCCCUCCCCGUCCCCGCCCUGGAGGACACCCUGGAACUGUACCUGGCGUCCGUGGAGCCUCAUUUGAGCCCAGAGGAGAUGCAAACAACCAGAGCAAUAGUGAACAGAUUUGCAGGAGGUUUGGGGCCACACCUGCAGAAAACUGAAGGAGAGACAGGCGCUGAAGAGGAACUGGAGCUCUUUUUCACACCACAGAGCUCUCAUUCACCCCACAGAGCUCUCAUUCACCCCACAGAGCUCUCAUCCACCCCACAGAGCUCUCAUUCACACCACAGAGCUCUCAUCCACACCACAGAGCUCUCAUUCACACCACACAGCUCUUAUCCACCCCACAGAGCUCUCAUCCACACCACAGAGCUCUCAUUCACCCCACAGAGCUCUCAUUCACCCCACAGAGCUCUCAUUCACCCCACAGAGCUCUCAUCCACACCACAGAGCUCUCAACCACACCACAGAGCUCUCAUUCACACCACAGAGCUCUCAUCCACACCACAGAGCUCUCAUCCACACCACAGAGCUCUCAUCCACACCACAGAGCUCUUAUCCACACCACAGAGCUCUCAUUCACCCCACAGAGCUCUCAUCCACACCACAGAGCUCUUAUUCACACCACAGAGCUCUCAUCCACACCACAGAGCUCUUAUCCACACCACAGAGCUCUCAUCCACACCACAGAGCUCUUAUCCACCCCACAGAGCUCUUUUUCACACCACAGAGCUCUCAUCCACACCACAGAGCUCUCAUUCACCCCACAGAGCUCUCAACCACACCACAGAGCUCUCAUUCACCCCACAGAGCUCUCAUUCACCCCACAGAGCUCUCAUUCACACCACAGAGCUCUCAUCCACACCACAGAGCUCUCAUUCACCCCACAGAGCUCUUUUUCACACCACAGAGCUCUUAUCCACACCACAGAGCUCUCAACCACACCACAAUGCUCUUUUCCUACAGCUGGAAGAUUGGUGGAUGCAGAAAGCGUAUUUAACUUUCCGAGAGCCACUUCUGCCUUGUAUGAACACCGCAGGGCCUCAUCCGCUCACCAUGACCCGUUGGAAGCCUUCUCUGGACUGUGCCUUCCAACGUGGCGGACUGUACCUGUGGGCUGUCCUCUAUUUCUACCAGCUGCUGCGCGAAGAACGAUUUAAACCACACAUGAACAGAAAGGGUGAACCUCUAAGCAUGGAACAAUUUCGAUGGCUCUUCAACUGCACACGAAUCCCUGGACAGAAUGUGGACAGCCUUCGCCAUUGCUGGAAAUCUAAGGAGGAGGGGGAGUGUCCGCAGCAUGUGGUGGUGCUGUGUCAAGGUCAUGUCUGGUGCCUUGACCCCUGGGAUGCUAAAGGUGAGCCUCUAACACCACCAGAAUUAGAGGCACAGUUAAAGGAGGUUUGGGAGAGGUGUGGAUUGAUGGGCCCUGGAGAAGGUGUGGCGGCCCUAACCUGCGACAAGAGGGAGGUGUGGGCAGAGAACCGAGACUGGUUAAAAUCGCUGAGUUUUGAGAAUAUGAAGAAUUUAGAGCUAAUUGAGACAGCUGCGUUUGUGUUUGUGGUUGACGAGACCUGCCCAGCCACUCAGCAGGAGGCGGUGUGGGAGGCGCUGUGUGGGGACGCCACAAACCGCUGGGCCGACAAGUCCAUGUCGGCCAUCUUGACUCGAAACGGCUACAUCUUCUCAAAUAAUGACACCACCACUUAUGAUGCAAUGGUCACAGUCCUAACCACACACUACCAACUGCUACUGCUGGAACACAUGGGCGGACGCUGGGAUGGUGAGGGGGUGCGGGCCAGCCUCCCCCCUCCCAAGCAGCUUAGAUUUGACGUCGAUGGGAAGCUCGUCAAUGCGAUUUCUACGGCAAAGGAAACGAGUCAGGCCUAUACGAGCAACAUCUCCACACACCCGUUCUUCUUCACUGAUUUUGGCCGCAAACACCUCCGCCCGCACCACCUCCACCCAGACUCGUUUGUACAAAUGGCACUCCAGCUGGCUUAUCUGAGGCUCCAUGGCAGGCCAGCCCCUACCUACGAGACAGCCAGUACUCGAAGAUUUUACCACGGCAGGACUGAGACCAUUCGUUCCUGCACCACAGAGGCUGUCAGCUGGGCCAGGGCCAUGCUGGACCCGGCCGCCCCUGGAAGUGAGAGGAGGCAGAAGUUGUACAAGGCGAUAGAGAAGCACAACCAGCUGCGGGAGAGGUGUGAGGACAGCAGGGGGGUGGACAGACAUCUCCUCGGACUGUACCUGUUAGCUGUCGAAGAGGGGGAUGUGCCGGAAAUAUUCAGUGAUCCUGCUUUUGCUAAGAGUGGCGGGGGUGGUAACUAUGCACUCUCGACCAGUAUUGUUGGCUACACUGAUGCCUACGGAGGGGUGGCAGCCAUGACCCCAGAUGGAUAUGGCUGUUUCUAUUCCAUUCAGCUGGAUAGAAUCUCCUUCAUUGUGACGAGUUUUGUGUCGUCAGAACAGUCGGACGGGUCACAGUUCAGCGAGGCGGUCAGACAGUCACUGCGGGAGAUGUGGGAGGUGGUGGUGGCGCCCCGGUCAGCUCUCUAGUCACCACCACCACCACCACCAACACCAUGCCACACCCUCUCUCUCUCUCUCUCUCUUUUUUUCUUUCUCUGUGUUUGUGUGUGUCUGUC